AUGUUCAAAAUCGAAUCAUACAUCACACCCAUCAUUCUGAGCUACGUGGAAAAGUACGUGAAAAACAUCCGUCCUGAGGACUCGCAGCUAUCACUAUGGGGUGGCGAAGUGGUAUUCCAAAACCUGGACCUAAAGCUAGAUGUCCUAGAGGAAGAGCUGCAGCUGCCGUUUAAUUUUCUUUCCGGUCACAUACACGAACUCGGCAUACGCGUGCCAUGGACGAAGAUCGCCUCGGAACCAAUCAUCAUCACCAUCAACACGAUCGAGUUUGUGUUAAAAUUACGCGACACAAUUGAACGGAACGUCGUGCCAAAGCGGGAACCUCCGCGCAAGGGCAAAAGUACGGAAGAAACUCCUCCGCCGGGAUACAUGGCUUCGCUGAUCAGUAAGAUAGCGAACAACAUUACAAUCCGCUGCCACAACGUGAUACUGAAGUACGUCGAGGAGGAUAUCGUUGUGUCGAUGAACAUCCAGCAGCUAUCGAUGGAAUCGGCCGAUGGUAGUUGGAACCCGGCCUUCAUCGACAUGUCCCCGACGAAAGUGUCCCUGCGGAAGUUGAUAAACAUUGUCGACCUGACGAUCUGCUUGGACAAACGCAAUUCAGCUGGCAAGAUUGAGGUAUGCCAGGAACCGGUACUGUACCGGAGCACUCUACAACUGCGUAUGCUGGUAAAGUAUAAUGCGGCAUCGCACGAUCGCUCCUCGCUGACACGCAUUGAUGUACAUUCCAAAUUCCUCGACUUUAACGUGUCAUCGCAGCAGUUCCCAAUGCUGAUGCGUUUGUUCGAUCUAGCGCUGGCGCUUAAGCAGGGUAAAAUCAAAACCGAACCACUGCAACCCGUCGCGGAAGGGGGUCUAGAUGAGGAAGACGAUGCGGGACAAGAAUCGUUGCUUUCCUGGGCCUGGAAUUUGCUCCCUUCGUUCUUUCCCGAAGAGAACGAAAGCGAUCACUCAGAGGAGCAUGAUUUCCGCGUACUGCACACGGGUUUGUACAUCGAUCAGCUGCGAAUAAUCUUCAAAACGCAGGAACUAAUCGGCGAUGGAAUGGUGGGCACGACCAAAAAGAUCAAGUACCAUCCGAUACUGCGUUUCGAUUUUUACAAUUUUUACGGUGAAAUGAUCGCCUGUGGACUGAAAUGGUUCAAUGUCACGUUGGGAAUAUCGCGCAUCCAGGUACAAUCGCUAGAAGAUUGUCCAUGCGGACAUCGGGAGUGCAACGUGCGGGAAAUAUUCGAAUCGAUCGAGAUGAAACAACCGGACGAAAGUUCAACCCAUCUGGACCAUUCCUUCUUUAGUGACAGUGCCGGCGGGAAUAGGAAGUAUAACGUAAACUGGAAUUAUCAUUUAAGCAGCUUCAGCCAGGAGUAUUUAUUGCAGAAAUUCCCUGCCAUUGCUAUCGAUAUCAUCCACGAGGUUCAGCUUCCCGACGAUAGACGAACGUCCGAGUUUGGAAGCGAUCUGGAGUUUAGCAAUCUGGCGGAAAAGUACAUGAUACGCGUCUUUGUGGGACGUUUCCGAGCGAAGAUCUCAGCCGAUACGAUUCAUCGAUUCCGGACGCUUGCAUCGUACAAAGAUAUCUAUGAAUAUCCACCGUACUAUGAGGAUAAAGCGAUGCCAACGCUCUCUCAGCUGCCACCACCUUCUGCGGAAGAUUACGAUGCACUUAUGCACGAGAUUCCUCUACGACAGAUCCACAUUACGCUGCAGAGUCCCACAAUAGAACUGCACACUUUCGAUCACGGAUCUACGGAGAAUUUGUUGCUUCGAAAACACAGCAGCGGAAAGAUACAGACACCUCCUCUUAAACCAUCUCUAACAGUGCAGCUCAACCGGGUCGAAUGUAACAUUCUGGCACCACUUUAUCCGAAUCGGCUUGUCUACACCACCUGCCAGUUACCAGAACCACCGGCCAAACUGUUCGAUGCCUGUUACCAAUCGAUAUCCGGUAACUUGGAGCGUUUGCAGCUGCAGCUUCAUCACUCGCGAUGGAGCGACACCACAAUAGCCACAGCGGUCAGUAUGAACUAUCAACAGCGCACAUUGAUCCAUCCAUCGCUGUGGCCCAACGGGGAGCUUAACAAGACGGAACACAAUCUAACAGUCACGGAUUUAAAAAUGAUCACCAAUCCGCUGCAAGCGCUUACGGCUACUUCUGUCGUACAGUCGCUCUUGGCAGAACAGGACACACCCACCAUCGAAUGGGAGCCUUUGCUCCAACCGCAAAUUCCACUUCCUACAGCUGAUCUGAUUCUUUCGUUCGUUCAUCUUCGGAAGGUUGAAGCGGACCGUACGGAUUGCUACAAGCUACUGGCUCGCAAUUUAAAAUUGCUCACGUAUCAGUACGAUGCAGCCACCGAAAAAUCGCUCACCGCUUUGUGGCCUGACCAUUCCACGGAAGAAGACUUCCUCACGGUCAUACUACAGCUGCCCAAGCAGCUUGAUGCCACCAUCGAACAUCCACCACUGCUGUAUGCAAAGUUGUUAGAUCUGAGCUUAAAUUUGGAUCCAAAUUUUCUAGCCUUUCUCGAUCUCUGGCAACGGGCUGUACCGCUUAUGGAUCGGGUCGUUUCGCAACGUCGUCGCUUCGGUGUCUCUUCUUCGAAAUAUGCCCAUCGUUCGGCACACCCGAACCUUCGACCUUUGGCAAGAAGUGACGAUAAGAAGGAACAUUCUGCGCCGGCUACUUCGGUCCAUUCGAGUUCGGGCAAAGGGGUGGGCGUUCCGGGCGGGGGUCCAAUAGUGCACGGACGGCCUCCGUCCACACUCGGGGUAGACGAUGUUGAACCACCACGAACCACUUCACCGGAACGGGCCGCAGAUUCUGCUGAAGAUAAACAGUUUUGGGCGAAGCUUGCAAAAAGGAUUAUCUUCCAUCUGGAAGUGAGCCACUUUACCGUGUGUCUUCCAUUGAAUAAUAUCAUAUUUCACUCGCUGAGCGACUCCCUGGAGGAUGAGUUUGGGCAAAAUGAAAUAUUCAUGAUUAAACUUCCACUAAUAUCCGUAAAUUCCGCAUUUAAGUGUCAAACACUGUCCGGCUAUAUUAAUCGGUUUCCGAUCAGCAUCGCUAAAUCCGUCUGGCCUUUGGAGAAGGAAAGCUUUCCGUGGACUAUUUCGCUCGCAAACGCAUCCAGCUGGACGUACCAGGGUGGCGAAAUGAACAAACUGCUGGACGAAACGACAACAAACAUAUCGAUGGUGUUGACCUUUAAUGAUGAACAGUCGGCGGCAGCUGCAUCCUGUUCAUCCGCUUGCUUCCACAUUGAUACCACUCCGUUCCGUGUAACGUUAAUGAAAGAGCAGCUGGAACUGUUGCGGGCCACUUUAGACCGAUUAAUGCAACUACCGAUGGUACAAACCACUGGAAACGAUCCCAAUGAAACGAGUAAAUCAGAAACCGUUCAUCAGUUUCUAGAAAUUCCACAACUACCAGGUGGCGGAAGUUCUUCAAUCGCCGCAAUAGAUUUGCGCGAAUUUCUCGACAUAACUCACAAUUCGAGCGGAGGAUCAGAUGAAACGCUCAAAGAGAAAACGACCUCAACGGAACAUGGUGGUCGCCGUAUGAUGCCAUCACUGUGGCUACAGUGGACCUUCUCAAAGCUGACCAUUAGCUGCAUCACCCGUGAAGACGGAACGCGCAAAGAACGUAUCAAGCUGAAGAUCGAACUGGAGGACAUCAUUUAUUCGCUCGACAAACAGGAGAUAUACUCGCAGAUGAAAGCAAAAAUUGGUGGCAUGAGUGGUGCUUGCUACGAAUGGCAAGAAAGCGUCGCAUCCGGCACGCACCAGCAUGCAUCGGGUGGAUGGGUGCGUAACGAAGCCCUUGCCAUCACGGUGCAAACGGGGGAAGCAAGCGAAUCAAGCAAAGCGACCGGUACGGAUACAUUUUUCAACAUGACAGUCACUCGGGCGGAAACACAAAAUGUUCACACCAAGUGGGACACGGUUAGAAAGUCACGCGAGCACAAUGACACCCUCGUGGAGGUGUUGAUAAAGAUGGAACAGGUUGAUCUGCGGUUGGAUCUGGAUUUGCUCGGUGAAUGUGUGCGAAUGAUGAAUGUUUUGCAACCCACCACGUCGGCAACGGCAUCGCUUGUGGUGGAAAAGGAUUUCGGUACCAACUCGUGUGCCAAUUCGGUAUUAGGCGUAAAAGAUUUACCUUUGAUACUGUUUGCCAGUAAGGGUAUUACGGUAUUUCUACCAUUACGCUCCGGAUCAACAGAUGAUCGCGAACUUUGCUCGGUGUACAUUAUGAAGAUCAAUUCGAUCACCGUACAUCAUAAUGUAGAAAAUCCUAUUUGCCGAGUUCCACUACGGCCAGACGUGUACACGAAAGCGGCUCAGAUGCGCAUUCUAAAUGUGCCUGGUUCGAAAAUAGAAGAUCGCCAGUAUGAGCUGCUGUUGAAGGAAAUCUCGCUGAGUACUGCCGUUUGGAGCGACGUGGUAAAGUACUUGCACGACCAGCAAACAUCUACCACACAUCACGAUAAUCCAGCAUUCGAGUGGAACAAUCUCCACCAGGGCGUUCAACGAACGUCUCAUUUCGAUGUGGUGACAGUGUUUAAAGAGUUCAACUUUUCGGCCAUCUAUGCACCGUGUAUCAUCUACAAAAACGUGCUAAUCUGUAGCCGCGCGAUAGAACUAAACUGUAUGUCGGAUUUAGUGGUGGAUAUAGAUUUGGACCAGGUACAGCUUGCCGAGCGACUGCUGAGUAAAGGCAAACAAAUCGGUGACUACAUGUUUCCGGCGCCUGCCGAAUCUCCACGACAUUCUGUGUCAAAUGCUCGAAUGUCGCGCAGUAAUAGUUCCGUCGAUACGGGAAGUCUCCUCACGUUUACCUCCAAUGCCGAAGAUGCAGGGCGAGAAUCGGUACGAUCGUAUCGCGAUUCUGCACCAUCGACGCGUUUUCGACGGAGUAACUCGAAGCUAUCGAAGUGCGAGGAAGAUUCCGGACUUGAAUCUUAUCGAACGUCCGAUGGCAAACGGCCAAUUUCGAGUGGUAGCAGAAAAAGUAGCACCCAGCGACAUCGUAAAAUAUCCUCAAUUUCUUCAGAAAGUACUUCAAAACCGUUACGCUCACGAACGACUUCUGCAAUGGCAUCAAACACAAACCUGUUGAUCGUCCCGUACGAGGUAUGCCUUCUCGGUGGGUACUUUAAGGUAAAUGUGUACACGCAGCGAGAUCGUAGCAACGCUAAGCCUGCGUUGAAGUUAGUCUUAGUACAACCGAAUGCGCUCGUAUCGCUAAGCUUGCUGGAACGUGUUCUUCAGCUAUCGUUGUUCGAUCUAACCGUAGAAGUAGACGAACUGGCGAUCGCAAAAACGGUGUCCGGCGAACCGGAUGAGCUUGGUAUUCCACAACCGAUCGUUAAAACACGCUUCGUAAAUAGUUUAACAAAGAAAAGCCGUGAGUUGAAGAUCGACUUUAAACGCCCCAUCAAGCUGAGCCUCUCACAUGGCAAGGUAAAGAAGAUGAUGGAAUUAGUGGCAGCAUUGGACGAUCUUUUUACCCCACCAAAAGUAAGCAAGCAGCGUGGCACGGGAACAACGAAACCAUUGCCCAAGGCUGUGCUGAGUAGAAACAAAUUUAUGCUCAUAAAAUCGCACCUGUAUGAUAUAGAAAAGAUUCAAAUAGGCCUAUCGCAGGUGAUGCUGCACUUGCUAGAGGAAGAUACUAGCCAGCCGGCACUUUACAACAUGAAACUAUCGCUUUCUUCCGUACACUCAACGAUAAGGGUACAAGAACGACCGGAGCGUAUCGUGUUUGAGUUGGAGCUGGCCGAGCUACUGUUCAGCGCUGGAACGUUUGUCAUCCUUCAUCCAUUCUCCUUCAAACUGCUGCUGACUCUUGCACAGGAAUAUUGGAAGCGUGAUCCACUCGUCCAGAUUAAGCUGCAAUCGUCUUACCUGCAACUGGAUCUAAUUCCCUACAUCUUUCAACAACUGGACCUAAUCCAAAAGGUAAUGCUGGACGCGCUGCGCAGUGAAGAAACCGAUCGUAAGGAUUCGAUCUCUACGGUGCAAAGCGCAAACAUGACGCCGAGUCGCGAGUUGCUGAUACCAAUCGUACCGCCACGGUUUCAACAGAAGCGUACGAAAGAGAUGCAGGAGGAAUACUACCAGGAUGAUCUGAGGGCCGGAGCGUUUCAAUUCAUAGAAAGUAUGAAAAUUAACGAGCUUCCAUUGCCGUAUCAGAUAAAAAUCAUCAACCGCGAGGUCGGCAUCAUCUGUUGGCGCUAUCCGCAACCCAGAGCGCUGCAUCAAGUGAUCGUUUAUCCCGUGCCAAUGAACACAACCAAGUCGGUUAACAUCCAGUGCAAGUUGGAACAUUACGCAGACAUUAAUGGCACUUUCGUGGAGGUGUGCCAGUUUACACUUUCCGAGAACGAGAAAACGUUUCUCAAGCUACCGCAGCGUAAGAUUGCAUCGGCCAUUUGGAGGAUAGUAAUGACACAGAACGUGGUUUACGACGAGGGAAUGGCUCGAGCACGAGAUGAAGAUGAUGAGGUGAUCGGCACGAGUGAGCACGAGGACGCUGCACAGCAACGGAAUGGAAAUGGAUUAGGUAGAACAUUGCUAACCACCAUCACCGAUGUGCUUACGGACAGUUCCUACUUGCCCGGCCAACGAGUGGUAAGCUUGCCAUACCGUUUGCACCCAAAGAUCUUUGUUGCCUGUAUGCGAGUUGAUUCCAUGUUCAGUGCAGCACUGGUACCAAAUCUGGAAGUAACGAUCGAUCUGAAACCCGUGCAGAUAAAUCUUUUCAACCAUGUGCAUUUGACUCCGGCACGCCAACUGCCGAAACCCUUCGAGCGAUAUCGACUCUGCAGAGAAUCGGCUGAUUUCGGAGCACAUAAGUUCCUCAUGCUCAAUGCUCACCGACUGCGCGGCCUAUGUACAAUCUACGACAAUCUCGAUGUGUUCGUUGGUGUCGAGUUCAAUUUGCACUGCGAUCUGCUCGAUUACAAUUACUUUACGUUCGAGAAUGCCGUAGAAGUUAGCAACAUGAAGGCUUACGCUUGGAUUGGAGAGCGAUCACUCGAGCUACGGACUAUAUCGGAUGAUAUCUGCAUACGAUACGGUCCCUCCAUUGGUUACAACCUAGCUGUUGCGGAACGUAUGUGGAAUCGAAGCACGUCGACGACUGAGGAAGACUCACCGAUUGUGCUGUACAGCAGAUAUAUCGUUUGUAACCGCACUCAGUCCGGUGUAAAGUUCGGACAGAACGGAACGACCGAAAUGAUCUACCUUGGGCCGAGUGAACUCUGUUUGUACGCGUUUCGAAGUUGCCGGCAGCGUCAGCAGCUGCAACUAUAUUUCACCGAGGGCAACACACAGGUAGUGACCGAACCGUUCGAUGUGUCAACGGACGGUUUGCAACAAGUUUGCGUACAAUCGAUCUACGAGGAAGACAUGGAGGAUGAAAAGAUGCUAAUGAUCCGGAUAGAAUCGCUCACGGCGGAUGGCACCGAGGGUAGCAGUAGUAACACCCAGCGUAGCAUCACGAUUGAAGGACAGAUUGGGUUUUACAACAUGACCUCGCAGCGGCUAAAGUUUCAAUAUCGUUACUACAAAAUCGUGCCAAACAGUGAUCGUAACUAUACGACUACCAGCUUCCAGGUGGCUGCUGGAGAUAGUGCUAACCUGUUUUCGCCGGCCAAUAAUAAAAAUCAGCAGACGAUGAAUAUUGCGAUCGAUGGCGAGGAUGGGCGGGUCGUGUGGUCGGGCGAUGUUCCGUUGCGUGAGAUCAUGAACGGAGGAAGCAUGCCGUACCUGGUAAAGAUACCGACGUCCACGAUCACGCGCGAAGGAUACAUCAGCUAUUGGGUGAGGAUUGUGCGUGAAAAGCUGGUUGACAGUAAGAUAGCACCCGCCGCGAAUGGUGAAGUGCUUGAGCGUGUGUUGGUGAUCGUUUGGCCACUGUUUAUGGUAGAAUCGCUGCUAACGGUUAACACCACGGCAUACGAGGAAAAAUUAAACCAGUCUUUUUCGAUCUACGGACAAGGACAACGAAAGCAACUGAACGUGGCCGGCACGUACUCCGACGAGCAUGAGCUAGCAUUCCGGAUGGACUUUAACUCACCGCAUGGUGAGGACAAGCGCAAGGCACUGCUAUCGUACCGGUUGAUAGACGGUAAAACGUUUUUCCAAGUCCCGACCCGUUUCCGUAACAUCGAAAACGCACUCAUAGCGCUACGCAACGGGCGACAAUUACCCAAUUGGCCGUGCUCACGCGAGGAAGAACUUCGAUGGCGGCGGGAAAACUCAAUUCAAGAAGCAACCUUCCCGUUGUACCACUGUUCCGCUGCCUACGAAAUGUCCUGCUGCCUGAUGCUCAACAUCGCACCGUGGGCAUUGUUCAUUAAUCAGCUGGGGUGUGAAGUGCGGCUCAGGAAUUAUUCAACCAGUGAUGUAAACAUCGUUGCACCAAACAGCAUUAUUAUGCCGUUCCACGUGGAGACUGGUUUCACGCUGGAAAUGAAUGUAAGCAUUGGACAUUCGCUACAUUCCGAGCUGAUCUACAUCGACAGCACGGACACGAAGAAGCAAUCGCCCAACGGGUAUGCCGUCUUACCGCUGGAAGGUUCAAUCGAUAUAAAUAUCCGCACGGAAUUCGGGAUUAUGAACUUAGUAUUAACAUCGCUAACGGAAAACAAGGUUCGAAUCUUUAUCUUGGCCUCACAAUUCAUCGUGACGAAUUAUUCGAGCAUUGAUUUACACUGCUGGUCUUUCGCAUUACCGUCCAAUGAACGGUUGGAACAGUUCAAGCUAAGCAACUCUGGGCCGCACAGUUGCUGCUACAGCCUGCCUAAAAAUGGCGUGAAAAGUGAAAAUCCCAAAGGCACGGUCAUAACGAUGCUUAACAAUGUAUCGCAUCGCAAGGGCAAGAUCAAGUCCAGCACCAACUUUAACCACUACCUAACCAUCUACCAGAGACGGGAGAAUGGAAGCGAAUUUUCGGCUCCAAUUUUCCUGAACAAACCAAUCACCCGCAAGUCACUUAGCGUGCCGCACGAUGAUGCAGUUGACCGGCGGCAUCAUGCACUGUCGUUGUCGAUCGUAUCGCAUCAGGGCCAACAGCACAUUUCGAUCUAUGACGAUCCGUGCCCAUCGUAUGCCAUCGAAAACCGGACCGAUUUCAACAUCUACGUUGCCCAAUCGGACACGGUUCAACCGAACAAGGCUGCGACAGCUGUUGCCGAAACGGUGGAGAGUAAUUUCGCCUGGUUCCAGACGGUGGGUUCCCGGCAGACGGUGUUCUACACACCGCCCGCGCUCGAUGAUCUAUUUCCGGAACCACAAGAAUCCGAAACGGCCCUUAUAUUUGCGUGUGUCAGUGGCAGUGCUAUCCGGUGGUCACACCCGGUAAAGAUCGAUGAGGACAAGAGCAUCUUUUUGAACAUUCCACUGUACGGAGACCUGAAGUUGGCGAUGAAGUUGCGCAACCGAACGGCGGCACUAGUGAUCGACUACAUCAGUCAGGAUUUGGAAUUUUCGGCGAAAGAUAUUCGAACGCGUCUAUCCAAUCCGAUUCGGCCUCCAGAACCAACAUCACCCUCGGAAUCGGAAGAAACCCCACAAGAGAUGCUGUCGAAUAAGGAUUGCCCAUCGAUCGAGUAUGAUUCGGACAAUGAACAGUCUAGCUCGGGCAAAGAACAGUUCGUGCAGAGUUACUUUCGAACGGUGAUGAUCACACUGUUUAAUGACGAGCCUCGACAAUCAUGCUUCAAGAAGGACAUCAUCUCGUUCAAUUUCGAGCGUAUUGGCUUCCAAGCGAAGCGAAGCGGCAACGCAAACCAAGCCACACUGCACUGUGCCAACAUACAGGUGGACAAUGAACUGCACGCCAGCGGAGAUUACGAUUUCCCGGUCGUGCUUUGCAGUGAAGAUCACGAAACGAAGCAACGGAAGUUACCCGUCCAAUCUCCACCGAAUCCUUACCGGUUGGAAGAUCAGCUGGAACAGCUAGCCAAGGUUGCGCUAUUUACCGUUGAGUGUGAUCUCGUUGAGGAUGAUGGCGAUACCGAUGGCGGUUGGUCCGGUGUGGAGGCAUUGCGGCUCAAGAUCAAUCCUAUCCGAGCGUACAUCGAGGAUACAUACAUAAACGUCCUAGUUGACUACCUGAUGGAGUGUCUUCCGGCGGGUAUGCUUUACGAGCAGCGAGAUAGCGAUGUAACGCCCAUUCGCAUCCGCUGCGCACCGGGAGAAGUGCUCGUUCCGCGCGCUGUGAUGCAGCAAUCAAGCUACCUGGCCGAACCGAUCAAAUUCCGGUGCGUACGCAUCGAACCGCUCGCCGUGCUGCUUUCCGUGCACGCCUGCAUGCGCUUGUACAUUGCGCUCGAUCACAGUCCGCUCGAAUUUGCGGCCUUCGAACGACGCUCGGUCCGUUCGCUACCGAUCAAGUUUGGUAAUGCGGUCGGCAUGCACUACCUGUCCGGAGCGAUCUUUGGUGGCGGUUGGGUGAUCGGUUCGCUCGAGAUACUAGGCAGUCCGAGCGGGUUGGCACGCUCCGUAACGAGCGGUUUGCGGGAUUUUGUAUCCUUGCCCGUGCAGGGUCUGUUUCGCGGACCGUGGGGUUUCUUGGUAGGUGUUACUCAGGGUUCUGCGUCGCUGAUACGAAACAUCACCGCUGGUACGGUGAAUUCGGUCACGAAGUUAGCCCAAUCCGUUUCACGCAAUCUCGAUCGGUUAACGCUUGAUACGGAACACGUGCAACGUACGGAUGCGUUACGACGCCGUCGACCACAGGGCAUGACGGACGGGUUCACCCAGGGCCUUACCGGACUCGGCAUCAGUCUGCUCGGAGCCGUUGGUGGACUAGCACAUCAUCCGUUGCAGGCCACGAAUCCGAUUGGUGUAGUGACGGGUAUGGGUAAAGGAAUUGUCGGAGCCUUUGCCAAACCGAUCAGCGGGGCGGCCGAACUGGUCGCACUGACCGGGCAAGGAAUGCUGCAAAGCGUCGGUUACAACACACUGCCCACACCGAAGUUUCAUUCGCGGCAAUCGUUGCAGCGGCUGGAACCAAUUCCUCACAAAGCACUCUGGGAACCGCAAGCCGUCGGCGAAGGAUCACUCCUAUUCACCGUCCAGGCCACGCUAGCUACACACGGCGAGUAUCGAUUGGUGCUGGUUGCAAUCUACAGCAAGGCACUCGUGCUGUACGACGUACACGAAUGCCAACUGUUGGAGGUGCUCGAUCCGAAAACAGUGUUUUUCGAUACGGACGAGGAAAGCGACGCGACAAGGCUCAUCAUUCGUGUUCGUCCCAAGGUUCCACCACCACCCUGCUCGGACUACGAUCAGUAUCCGAUCUCGAGCCGUACGUAUGAUUUUGUGCGGGAUUCCACCAUGCAGCUUCCACGGAUCGUUGGUAAUGCAGCGGUCCAGCACUCUUCCAGCAAAACCGCUCCGGCCAACAGAGCAAACACUACGAUGAACAACACAAGGCCGCUAGAACAGAGCGAAGAAGCGAUCGGAAUGGAUGAUAGCGUGCUCGAGCCAACAGUUAUUGAUCAGCGAUCUGUCGUGCUAGACAUUGAGCGAUCGUCCACGGCGAGUGGUGCGGAGGAGGACAUGGACCGUUCGGGACUGCUGCUCUUGAACGAUGAAACCAGCUCGACAACGGCGAUGGACCGAAUGCUGGAAGAUGGUUGUGAUGAGCACGAACGGGAUGGUUCAACUGAUGAUAGCGAGCGUAAGAUAGUGAUAUUCCUGGAUGAAAAUCUGGUCAAAUAUCUCAUCACGUAUGUUGAUCUGUUAAAACGCACCGUCGACAGUGAACUGGGUCGGGGUGCGGAAGAUAUUGUAGCUUUUCUUCCAUUCGAAUGUUGA